AAUCACCCACACGAUUUCAUCCUUCCAAUUUCUUCUUCACUCCUCAUUCUCAUCUAACAAUAUCCCUUUCUUCUCUGAAGAGUCGCUGGCACCACCACCACCAUCGUCCCUCGUGCCCAGCUCGUGCCCGCCACCACCGCCGUCACUCCUCACUUUCUUCAAACACUGAUGCUUGCCACCACCGUCGGGAGUCCUGGGUUUGUAACCAUGUUCAUGUCCAGCCCUCGCCACCACCGUCGCCGUCUGCGUUUAUCUCAUAAACUCCCUUUUGGUAUAAUAAUAUGCCAUUGCUCUUGUGUGCUCACUUCUCUUUCUGUCAGUUUCCCUUGCCAAUUCCUUUCCCUUUUUUCAACAAUUCUUUACCCUUUUUUUCCUUAAGUUUUGAUGUAAACUUUAAUUCUUCUUUUAUAUACUUUUAUCAUUAUAUCUUUGUAUUUUUCUAAAGGAUAUUGUUCUGUAAUUUCACAUUCUCAAUUCCAGGUAAUUUUCUCUCUUCUUUCUCUCUCUCUCUCUCUCUCUCUCUCUUAUUAUUGUUAUUAUAGUUCAUGGGAUAAUAUAUUAAAAUUGAGAUGGGUUUUCAUAUCUUGUGUUGUAAAAGGGUUUCCCCCCUUUAUUUUCAUAUAUCAUUUGGAAUUCUCUAUUAAAGAAAAAGGAAGGUAGGAAGAAAAAGGGGGGUUUUCUUUUUCCACUUAGUUAUUUCUUCCAUUAAUUGAUUGAGUUUGAUUCAUUAUUUGUAGAUUUAUUGACUCAUGAAUUUGCCAUCUUUUUUCUUCCAUUAUUGUUCUUUUUGAGCUCUAAAACAGAAAUCAAUGGAGGAGGAUCUGCAAAAGAGAGCCACAAGAUUACUAUUGUUGUUGUUAUCAUUAUUCAUUUAUGCAGAUUUUUCUUUUAUCAACAAGGAAAAAAAUGGUGAGUUGAGUGGUGGAGGAUCUGCUAUGCUUGCAGCGAGGGGGGAAGGUCUCUUGUCUUGGAUUGAAGAUGACAGUUUCAUUGUGGAUGAAAUAGUCACUGCAAUUCCUGAGGGAGUUGGAGUUUUGCUCAAUGGCAUGUUUGGUUCUGUCACUGGCACUUGUGCAUCUGUUAAUUUAGGGAAAGAAGUGAUAUGGGUUCACAAUUGAGAACACUUAUCUUCAUUCGUACGAGAUAUUUUGGGUUUUGGGUUUAUGCCCAAAAGUGGAAAUUAUCAUAUUAUUUCUUUACUUAGAAACCUUUUGGGAAUAAUGACCUUCCCCUACAUCCGCUACUGCUGCUAAUGCUCCAUUGGAGGCUCUGAUGUUUAGCUUGAAGCUUGAAUCUCGAAGGAUAUGAUUAGGAAUGAUUUUCAGUUUGAAACUAUCUUCAAUUGGGUUGGUUCCUUUUUAACUGCCAUCGUUUCUUUUGGUUUGAUGCAAAUUCACCAAUCCAAGUUUGAAAAAGGUGAAGGUUAUUGGUGAGAGGUUCUUUCAACAGAUCUUGAGGCUGACUGUUCUUCUUCGAAAUCUUUGUUACUGUUCUCAAAAUAUGAAGGCAUGAUGAUAGAAUAGUCGAGUAAAAUGCCACCUGUUAGAUUUCAAGAGCUCGAUCAUAUUCUUCAUUGGAUUCAAAAUACAUUUCUGUUGGGUGAUAACUUUAAACAUGAAAUUUUGAGGAUUCAUCACAAGUGUUUUAGAAAAGCACCUCAAUCCAAAUGAGAUGUCCAAUAAUUACUAUCAGAAGACAUAUUUCCUCCCUUAAUUAUUGCAGUUUUUCAUUUUGUGUAAGUGGUGGGAAAUUGUCAAAUUGUCAAAUUGUCAAAUUGCUUUCAUGCAAGUGGUGGGAAAGAUCCAUGCCAAAUUAACAGUAAUCCUUAUAUGAUAGGUUUUGGUAUUGUAGAGAUAAUAUUUUCCCAAAUUAAAGAAUUCGAUCAACUUUGGUGGCUCUCCAUUGUUGCUUCUGUUA